AUGCCGAACGACGACUCAUUCAGCAAGCCCUCUACACCGACGGAGGUCCCGCACGCUCCGGGGGCCCCGCCGCAGGGCAAAGCCGGCGGCUACAGCAAAGCGGCCGGGGCGAUGGCGGGAGCGGCCGGAGGCUCCGGCGCGGGGGGCAGCGGAGGCGCCUCGGGCUCCGGGCCGUCGGGCCUGGGUUCUGGAAGCAAGAAGUCCCCGAGGCUGCCCAAGUGCGCUCGCUGCAGGAACCACGGCUACGCGUCGCCGCUCAAGGGCCACAAGCGCUUCUGCAUGUGGCGGGAUUGCCAGUGCAAGAAGUGCAGCCUGAUUGCGGAGCGACAGCGCGUGAUGGCCGCGCAGGUGGCCCUGAGAAGACAGCAGGCCCAGGAAGAAGAACUGGGCAUCAGCCACCCAAUCCCGCUGCCCAGUGCAGCUGAGCUGCUCGUGAAGAGAGAGAACAGUGCCAGCAACCCGUGCCUGAUGGCUGAGACCAGCAGCUCUGCCCAGCCUCCGCCAGCCAAUACUCCCACCUCUGCUGCCUCAGAGGGGCGCAUGGUCAUCCAGGAUAUUCCUGCUGUCACCAGCAGAGGGCAUGUGGAGAACGCACCGGACCUGGUGUCAGACCCCGCCUACUACAGCAGCUUCUACCAGCCACCUCUGUUUCCUUACUACAACAACCUGUACAACUACCCUCAGUACUCCAUGGCCCUGUCUGCCGAGUCCUCCUCUGGGGAGGUGGGAAAUCCCCUUGGGGGAUCUCCUGUGAAGAACAGCCUGCGGAGUCUGCCAGCACCUUACGUGCCCGCGCAGACUGGAAACCAGUGGCAGAUGAAGAGCGCGGAGAGCCGUCACCCCGUGAGCUCCCAGUACCGGAUGCACUCAUACUAUGGGCCUCCCUCCUACCUGGGCCAGAGCGUGUCCCAGAUCUUCGCCUUUGAGGAUGGCCCCUCCUACUCAGAAGCCAAAGCAAGUGUGUUCUCGCCGCCCAGCAGUCAAGAUUCUGGCUUGGUUUCCCUCUCCAGCAGCUCUCCCAUGAGCAACGAGAGCACGAAGGGAGUUCUGGACUGCGAGUCUGGACCUUCUGAGCCUGGCAGCUACCCAGUCAACCAGGUCCUGGAUGACGAGGACGACGAGUGA